AUGGAAAAGGUUGAACAAGCGAUACUUUCGGUGCGAACGGAUUCUACACAAACUCAACAAGAUGCUUUGGACUUAAUACCAAAAGGAGAAGAAGAUGUUCUACCCAAUGGCAUAACGCGCGAUGUCACAAAGGAUUUGCUUAAUUUAAUAUCGAUGAACCCGAUACCCGUUUCACAGGUAGUAGACAUCUUCGGUGUAUUUAAAUUCAAAGUAAAGCAAGGGGAUGACUUGUUGAAUGAAUGCAAAACUUUUCAAAAAAAAUUACGACUCACAGAACGUGGCCUUUUAGGGAAGAAGCCCGAAGAAGAGAUCAAACUCUUAAGGAAGUACGAGGUCUUUAGAAGUGAAGCUUUGAAACAACCACAAGCAAAGAAAGACCUCGAGAAGUUAGAGUCGUGUUUACAAUACCGCAAAUCAACACUUGAUUUGACUAAGUUGACCGAAAAUGAAGUUCGGAGUGCAGUGCGCGCUGCUUAUGAAUUGUUGCCUCUUGAAAAGAAGCGAAUUUUGUUUUUAAAGAGGUGGUUAGUCCAAUUACAAGGAGAAGAUGACGGCACGUUGUUUACGAAACGAUUUCUUAAGGACGUGAUAGUCGCGAACAAGUUAUUUGAGGAACAGACAUUCACUCAACGUUCCUUUAAAAUGUCAACGGAAGUGUUAGUUACAGAGGCUCGAACAGAGUUCAUCGAAGUGUUUAAUCAAUUUCACAGAAUAUGGACAAUGAGUGACAAAGUGUUGAGGAACUGUUAUGAUAUGGGUGUUGAAGAUGAGAAACCCUAUUACGACUUGAUAUGUGUCAUGUCUGAAGAACGACAGCCUACACUCGAUUUGAUAUCAAGAGACUACUUUGGUGAAAAGCCCGAAACGAAGUCCCCACCGACUGGUCUUGAGUUAGUGAAACAGUUGAAGAAAGCGACGAAAUCAGCGAAGGAGUAUAUACCACACUUUUAUGUGGAGUUGGAGAACUACUUUUCGCAAGUUGUGAAGAACUGGGACGAUACUUUUGUGCAUAACACAACAUUCCCUGAGUUGUUUUCUCCAACAAGUACAUUGAACGUGUCGCUCUGUAGCAAACUGUUUUGUAAGAAGGCGCAACUUGGGAAGAAAAUAUUUGAAAUGGAAAGGGAGUGGACGCAAGACGUGAGCGAAGAGCUAGCAAACAAGUAUCUUGAACUCACUGAAAUGUUUCAUACUAUAGUCGAUAAACACGUGAAGAAGGUCACCAAUUUGUUUAAACCAGAAAAUACAAUGGAACUGAGACUUUAUCCACACAUCAAAUAUGUACUUGGCUUGGAAUGUGUGAAACUCGACUUGAAAUUGAUCACAAGGUAUAACGCGCAAGGUGAUUUGAAAUCGGACGAUGACUAA